CUAGCCGCUUUUCCUUACUCUCUUUUUCAUCGACUCCUUUCCACAUCCAUUUUCUCCUCUGAUGCCCUAGCCUCUUUCUCACCAUUUUCCUUAACAAUCUAAGAAAGAGGAGUUAUGAAAGGUCUUGAAGCAAACCCCAACUCAGGUGAAGAUUGGCCAGAUCCACUUCCUAAAGGAUGGGUCCUGAAGAAAUAUCGUAAUGGCAAGUAUCGAGCACAUAAUGAGAGGACUGGGCAAACGUUUCAUACCAAGAAGGAUCUCCUUCGCUAUGUGCAUUAUGCAGAAACUAUACUUCCUCUUUAUAAUGAAAGGGAUAAUAAAAUCAACCAUGAAGCCUUAACUAGACAUGGUCCACCCAAAGCUAUUGGCCAUCAUAAUGAAGGUGUGUCAUACAAAAUUUCUGAUGAUGAAAAAAAUAUGGAGUCUGAUGAUGAUGAUGAUGAUGAUGAUGGUAUGUAUAACGGUAUUGAUUUCAGCCAAGGUAUUUGGAGCGUUGACGUUGAGAUUAUUGAACGCAAAUUAGACCGUUCUAUUGAUAGUGGUCUUAUUUCCACAAUUGAUGUGCAAAAUACACUAAGUGAAUCAGUUAAUGAUACUGACACUUUUCCAGCAUUAACAAGUCAUGGUCCACCCAAAGCUACUGAUCAUAAUGAAGGCAAUUCAUACAAAAUUUAUGAUGAUGAAAAAAAUAUGGAGAAAGCUUCUAAUGAUGAAGAAGGUAGUAUAGAUGGGGGGUUUAAUGGUGGAUGGGGUAUGCUUGUUGAGCUUGAUGAAGGAAACUCAGAAAGCACUAUUGAGAAUGGUCUUAGUUCUGUAAUAGAUGUGCAAAAUACAUCAAGUGGUUCCAGUAGUGAUACCAAUAAGGUUGCCAGCAAAGAAGAAGAUGAAAAUUGAAGGGCCACAAAAAUAGAAGACCUCAACAUCAAAAUAAUGUGAAAUGCCUUAAAAGUGUUUCUAGUGACUUUGUUUUGUUAUGACAAGUGUUUUAAAGAUUUUACAAAUUUAUCAUGACAUUUUGUUUUAUAUCUUAUGUUUGUUUUAGCAAUCGUGUUUCAUUUCCUUAGUAUAAUCAUAUUUUAGACAUUUUAUUGAUUUA